AUGACAAGGAAGUAUACUCAAGCAGAAAAAGGGAAGAGCUUAGCACCUCCUACUGAACCACCUCGAGUUGGAAGAGUAAAAGUGCCGGAAUUUGACAACUCAGCGUUGAUGAAGCAACAUCACCUGACAAUUAUUGGAAGGCUAACAAAUCCCAAGAUCCAGCGCUUGUGGUCUCUCCUGCCGUUCUUCUCUGAACACUGGAAGACAAGCUCCCCUGCAGUUGGAGCGGAUCUGGUCAAGGAACAUUUCAGUAUACUUUUGCGACAAAAGAAGACAUGCAGCUAG